CCCCGCGGGAAGGCCCUAGGUCUCUCCCGCUCAUUCCCCGGGUCGGGGCCGCAGGGAGACCGAAGGCAGGCAGGAAGCGAGGAGGUGGAUGGGUGUGGAAGGUGCAGCGUGGCUAUGGAUCUGGUGGAGUCUAGGGAUUUUCGAUUAAUGUGGAGAGGAAAUAGGCAAGCAGCAGUGGGGGGUGGAGUGUGGAAUGCUCGAAGGGGCUCUAGUUACAGUGGCUGGGAACUGGCGUUGAGGCAGGGUGGACGAUGAGCUCCUCAGAGGGAGCGGGCUCAGGCAUCAGAAGCCGGGGUGGUAGAGAGAGCCCAGGCCAUCCUCAGGGACAGUGUCUGUCUUUAGAGGGGAGGAGCUUGGCCCUAAAGUACGUGCUUGGCCUCCUAAAGACCACGCCCAGCCUUCUCACACUUGUCCAGCCUCCUGGCGAGGGGAUGACCAGCAUGCUGUAGCCGGUGAGCACUCCUCCCAGUUUGCCAGAAGUUUCUGCGUUGGCACCUAAGGUCUUGCUUUGGCGCAGCCCUGGGCCACCGGGGGCCCCUAAUCCUGAGGGAGGCGUCCUGCGGCACGCGUGGGCCGGGGACGCACCCUCUGCCGCUUCCAGGGCGAAUGUGUGCGUCCAGGUUGAGAGGACCGGUGUUGGGGCGGAGGUGGGAUGGGGUCCCGCCUUCCCCUGACGCCGAGUCCCCCACCAGGUGUGAUGGUCGGCUCCCACGCGGACAUGGCGCCCGCCUCCACCUCCGAGGGGCCGGCGGAGAAGCCGGGCCCCGCGGCCCCCGCCCCGACGGCCCAGUACGAGUGCGGGGAGUGCGGCAAGUCGUUCCGGUGGUCGUCCCGGCUCCUCCACCACCAGCGCACGCACACCGGCGAGCGGCCCUACAAGUGCCCCGAGUGCCCCAAGGCCUUCAAGGGCUCCUCGGCCCUGCUCUACCACCAGCGGGGCCACACGGGCGAGCGGCCCUACCAGUGCCCCGACUGCCCCAAGGCCUUCAAGCGCUCGUCGCUGCUGCAGAUCCACCGCAGCGUGCACACCGGCCUGCGGGCCUUCACCUGCGGCCAGUGCGGCCUGGCCUUCAAGUGGUCGUCGCACUACCAGUACCACCUGCGGCAGCACACGGGCGAGCGGCCCUACCCGUGCCCCGACUGCCCCAAGGCCUUCAAGAACUCGUCCAGCCUGCGGCGCCACCGGCACGUGCACACGGGCGAGCGGCCCUACACCUGCGGCGUCUGCGGCAAGAGCUUUACCCAGAGCACCAACCUGCGGCAGCACCAGCGCGUGCACACGGGCGAGCGGCCCUUCCGCUGCCCGCUCUGCCCCAAGACCUUCACGCACUCGUCCAACCUGCUGCUGCACCAGCGCGCCCACGGGGCGGCGGCCGCCGCCGCCCCCGCCCCGCCGCAGCACGAGCCCGGCGCCAAGGUCUUGGUGUCCGACGCCUACCUGCACGCGCCCGCGCCGCCCCCGCCCCCCGCGCCCCCGCCCGUGGUGCCCGAGCUCUUCCUGGCCGCGGCAGAGACCACGGUGGAGCUGGUGUACCGCUGCGAUGGCUGCGAGCUGGGCUUCGGCAGCGAGGAGCUGCUCUUGGAGCACCAGCCCUGCCCGGGGCCCGAGGCGGCGACGCCGCCCCAGGACGGGCAGGCCACCGCGGCGCCCAAGGCGGACGCUGCCCCGCCGCCCUCGCGGUCCCCGCCGGCCCCUCCGCCGCAGCCCCCGCCUGCCGCCGCCGCCGCCCCGGGCUUCGCCUGCCUCCCGUGCGGGAAGUCCUUCCGGACGGUGGCCGGCCUCUCCCGCCACCAGCACAGCCACGGGGCGGCCGGCGGGCAGGCGUUCCGCUGCGGCAGCUGCGACGGCGCCUUCCCGCAGCUGGCCAGCCUCCUGGCGCACCAGCAGUGCCACGUGGAAGAGGCGGCCGCGGGGCGCCCGCCCCCCCAGGCGGAGGCCGCCGAGGUCACCUGCCCCCAGGAGCCCCUGGCCCCGGCCGCCGCCGCCCCUGCCGCGCCGGCGCCCGCGCCCGCGCCGGCUUGUGCCGAGCGGCCCUACAAAUGCGCCGAGUGCGGCAAGGCCUUCAAGGGCUCCUCGGGGCUGCGCUACCACCUCCGGGACCACACGGGCGAGCGGCCCUACCAGUGCGGCGAGUGCGGCAAGGCCUUCAAGCGCUCGUCGCUGCUCGCCAUCCACCAGCGCGUGCACACCGGCCUGCGGGCCUUCACCUGCGGCCAGUGCGGCCUCACCUUCAAGUGGUCGUCGCACUACCAGUACCACCUGCGGCUGCACUCGGGCGAGCGGCCGUACGCCUGCGGGGAGUGCGGCAAGGCCUUCCGCAACACGUCGUGCCUGCGGCGCCACCGGCACGUGCACACGGGCGAGCGGCCGCACGCCUGCGGCGUCUGCGGCAAGAGCUUCGCGCAGACCUCCAACCUGCGGCAGCACCAGCGCGUGCACACGGGCGAGCGGCCCUUCCGCUGCCCGCUCUGCCCCAAGACCUUCACGCACUCGUCCAACCUGCUGCUGCACCAGCGCACCCACUCGGCCGAGCGCCCCUUCUCCUGCCCCAUCUGCGGCCGCAGCUUUGUCAUGGCCGCCUACCUGCAGCGGCACCUGAGGACGCACGCCCCGGCCCCCGCGGCCCCUGCCGCCGGCUCGCAGCCCCCCGCCCCGCCGGCCGCCGCUCCGGCCCCACCUGCCACCCAAGACGUCCACGUUCUCCCCCACCUCCAGGCCACGCUCUCCCUCGAGGUGGCCGGGGGCCCGGCCCCGGCCCCGCCCCCGGGUCAGGCAGCCCCCAACUCCCAGACGUUUCUCCUGGUGCAGACCGCCCAGGGCCUCCAGCUCAUCCCCAGCAGCGUGCAGCCCCCCGCGCCCCCGCCCCCACCCGCUCCCGCCAAGCUCAUCCUGCUGCCCUCCUCGGGCACUGCGGCGGGGAGCAGCCGUGGCAGGCAGGGCCCACGGGCAGCUGGGAAAUCUGGGCAGGGGCCUGGAGUCGUAUGGCUGCCAGGUCCUGGGGGACUAGGGGUUCAGGGAGGGGGCAACGCAGGGGCCAGCGGGGGAGGGCAGAGCCUCAUCGUCCUGCAGAAUGUGGGGGGUGGGGAGGCGGGGGCACAGGAAGUGAGCGGGGUCCAGCUCCAGCCCCUCCGGCCAGCCCCGGAAGUGACCACGGUCCAGCUCCAGCCGGCCCAGGAGGUGACCACGGUCCAGCUCCAGCCGGCCCAGGAGGUGACCACGGUGCAGCUCCAGCCUGUGGCAGGCCAGCUGUCCAAUCCCAGCGGGGCAGCUGUGACCACGGAGGCCCCCAAUCUGCUGGUGGUUCAGAGCGGUGCGGCCGAGGAUUUGCUGGCCGGUCCCGGCCCUGGGGAGCCAGGUGACGGUGAGGCCGGUACUGGUGUCGUCCAGGAUGUGCUCUUUGAGACGCUGCAGACGGACGAGGGCUUGCAGAGCGUCCUGGUGCUGAGCGGGGCAGAUGGGGAGCAGACCCAGCUGUGUGUGCAGGAGGUCGAGACGCUACCCCCUGGGCUGGCUGAGCCACCUGCCCCUGGUCCGCCGGGACAGAAACUGCUCAUCAUCCGCAGUGCUCCCGCCGCUGAACUGCUGGAGAAUAGCAGUGGUGGGGGAGGCGGUGCCACGCUGCAACUGCUGGCCCCACCCCCACCUGGCCAAGCCUCUGUCCCAGUGGGCAUCUCCACGGCUCCCGCCUCCCAGAUGGUACAAGUGGUACCCACCGGCACUGCACCUGGGGGCAUGGCCCCGCAGACCCUCCCCUCCAUCCAGAUUGUCCAGACUCUGCCCGCAGUCCAGCUGGUGCACACGUUUUGAGUAGAACCACUGGUAUCUCUUCUUGCCCCACACAGAGAGACCCGGACUCACUGCUUGGGCUGGGCUGGGGGGAGGGGAGCUGCAGGCUGGGCUUACUAAUAAAGACCAGAAUCUCC